UGCCACAUGGCGUUAAAAGUCAUCUGUUCAGAAUAGAAAUCGAACAAGUUCUAGUUUUGAACGUGUUUUUAUUUUGAAUCUAAUUUGUGGAAAAAUGAUUGCAUCUCCAGUCGUUAAGAGCGAUACAAAGCUGCAAGUAGAAAUUGAAGACGAAGAUAAAAAGCAUCCUACUUGUCCACAUGGACCAAUGAUCCUUUUCUAUAGGGAAACACCCAAUGAUGGCUAUUACAGCUGCUCGGCACAUCGCGAUAGCAAGUUAUGCCACUUUCGCAUUCCAGCGACUAGUUGGCAAGCACAAAAUUUGACGUAUACACCAAAGGAGCGGGAUUACCCCCUAACAAGGAGUGUUAAAAGUGCAGAUCCUACAAAUUAUCUUAGUGCACUCUCAAAGGAAGAGGCGCACGCACAGUAUUUUUUUGACGAGAAAGCUUUACGAUUCUUUGUGAAUCAAUGUCGUGUACUCAAAAUAAGCAAAGUCGUAUGCAUUGGUGCCCCACGUUUACAUUUCUAUUUGCGAAAAGAACCCAACAUGUGUAGUUUUCUACUUGAUUUGGACGAACGAUUUGCUGCCCACCUCUCGCCACAGGAGUUCUGCCUAUAUAACAUGUGUAACAAUCAUUUCUUUUAUAGCCGCCAACCUUUUGAACAAUUCUUGAAAUGUAAUGCCAAUGAACGUGUGCUCGUGAUGACGGAUCCACCAUUCGGCUGCCGCACCGAGCUCAUCGCAAACACACUGCGCUGCCUGACUAUUUUACAUAACCGUCUAAAUUGCAUGCCACAUACACCACUGCCCAUAUUUUGGGUGUAUCCGUAUUAUAAUGUUAAUCACAUAAAGCAGGAUAUGCCCGAGAUGGAAAUGUGCGACUAUAAAAUAAAUUACACCAAUCACACCCGCUAUACAGAUGUGGGUGUAGCCAGUCGCACUUAUGGCUCGCCAGUGCGUUUGUUUAGUAAUGUUCCACAGCAGCUGCUGCAGCUGCCCACGGAGGAGGCCUAUAAAUAUUGCACCAAGUGCAAACGCUACACGGCGGCUGAGAACUUGCACUGUAUUCGUUGCGAGACUUGCCCAUCACAAAAUGGCCAGACAUACAGGCACUGCGAACACUGCGGCGUCUGCGUAAAACCAAACUAUGUUCAUUGCUUUAAUUGCCGCAGAUGCUCACAGCGAGAGAAUCAUGACUGCGCUGUGUACCAGUCAAUGCAACGUUGUUGGAUAUGCCGGGAGAAGGGACACAUAGAGACCAAAUGCGUCACGUGGCUACAAAACAGGCGCAGACUGAAAGUCAAGCCAGAUAAAAGGCAUCCUCAGCGUUGCUUCAUAUGCGGACGGGCAGGACAACAUAACGAGUUAAAAUGCCCAAAGCGGUGUAGAUUCUUUAAAGAGAUUAAAUUUAUGAAUCAAGAAACUACCAUCGCCCUCUAAACAUGUUAGCACAACUAUUUAGAUUUUGAAUAUUGUAAAGAACGCAACUAAAGAAAUAUAAUCAGGUGAUAAUA